AUGUUUACAAAGGUAAAGACUGCUAUACAUUCAUUCCGGAAUGGAUCUCCAUAUGAAAGACAGAUUACACAAUCAACUGUACAAAACAAUGAAAUAGUUACUAAUUAUCAGAAACGAACAGACAAGAAUGAAGAGGAUGUUACAAUUGUUUGGUUAAGUAAGGAUACAAACAAUACGAAAACGCAAUCACUUAUUGCGGCUAUUCGAUCUAUUAAUGAUUAUAUUCAGGUCUUUAACGAUCAAGAUGAGGCUCUGGCAUAUAUCGAAUCAAUCUUUGAAGAAAAAGUCUGGUUGAUUGUUGAUUAUCUUUCUGAUCAUCUUCUUAAUAUUCUGGAAGCAUUAAAACAAGUCGAUAGUCUUUUUCUUUAUACAUCUGAAACAUCUAAAGAACUUUCGCCACGUGUUACAGCUCUUUGUCCUACUGAACAACAACUUAUUGAUGAAAUAAAACAUAUUCGUCGACAAAUCAAUAAUCAAAUGACAACCUUUUCUAUUUAUAAUCAAAUAAAAACGGAAAAAAUUGAUCUAACUCAAGAAGUUGGCACUUUUCUCUUCUUUGAACUUUUUAAAGUUGCUUUUAGGAAAUUACCGAAGAAAUCCGAAGCUAAAAAACUAAUGGCUUCAAAAUAUCGUAAUUAUUACGCAGACAAUCCAAAAGUAUUAGAAGAAAUAGUUCAUUUUGAACAUGAUUAUAAGCCACAUGAAGCACUUCAAUGGUAUAUAAAUAAUUCAUUUAUUUAUCGAUUAAUUAAUAAAGCUCUUUGUACGAAAAAUAUAAGUUCUUUAUGCUGUUUUCAUUUUUAUAUCAAGGAUUUAUCAAAACAAUUAGAAAAAGAAUUUACUAAAUUUAAAAAACAAAAUUCUUCAUCUCCUAUUCAAUUAUAUAGUGGUUUUAAAACAACACGAGAAGGAAUAAAAAAUUUCGAACGUAAUAUUGGUAAUUUAAUUUUUACUCAUGGAUAUUUGUCAACGACACGUCAACGUCGUUUAGCCUAUGAUUUUGUUAUGAAGCAAUCAAUGCAAUCUGAUGAAGAAAAAGUUUUAUUUGAAUAUACUGUAGACUUAAAUCAUGUUACAUCAAUAACUCUUGCCGAUAUUUCUGAAUAUAAUAAAUUUUCAGACCAAAAUGAAAUACUUUUUGAUUUAGGAGCUGUCUUUAAAAUAAACUCGUGUGUAUAUAAUGCUAAAGAAAACUUAUGGUUAGUAAAAGUUAAUGCGACAGAUGAAGGUUUUGAAGUUACUUCCGAAUAUAUUAAAUAUCAGACAUCCAAAAUGGCUGAAUCUAAUAUUAUAUUAGUGCUUGGUCAUUUACUUAUUGAAAUGGGUGAUUAUGAUAGAGCAGAAAAAUAUUUUAAUACAAUUCUACAUUCAUCGAUUCCAAAUGAUGAAGAAAUUUCGUGUAUCUAUUAUCAUAUGGGUCGAAUUUAUCGAUUAAAAGGUGACUACGAACGUGCACUCGAGUUUCUUAAACAAGCUUAUGAAACACAUUCAGAAGCUCGACCAUCUCGUUUGACAAGUGCAGCUAAAGCAAUGAAUGCUAUUGGUAUUGUUCAUAUGGAACAGAAUAAUGUUCAACAAGCUAUUGAUUCUUUUGAAUGUGCUCUGAAAUUAUAUGCAAAAACUAUUCAAGAACAUCAUCCAGAUGUUGGUGGAACACUCAUUAAUCUUGCUAAUAUUUAUUGUGAACGAGAACAAUAUGAAAAAGCUCUUUCUUGUUUUAAACGUGCAGAAUAUAUCUAUGAAUGUAGUUUACCACCUAAUCAUCCAAACAAAGCAAUCCUACUUAAUAAUCUUGGUAAUUUUUAUUUGCAUCAACGUCAGUUGAAUUUAGCUUUGAACGCUUAUCAACAAGCUUUUGACAUCAAUGAAAAAAUUUUACCUGCUAAUCAUCCUGAUAUUGCAAGAAAUAAACAUAAUCUAUCUAAGGUACAUAUAAUGAUUUGUGAUCGAAAUAAAGCUGACUCUCAACUUCAACAAGCUCCCGAAUACAGUCAAGUCGUCGCAUGUUCAAGUAUGGAACCGGCGAAAAUCAAUUUAUUUGUAUCGGAAACUUCUCAAGUACAUAAAAGUUCAGAGCAGCCAGCAGAAAUGAUUGAAAUGGCGCAGUAUUAA